AUGGAUUUGUCUCCAGACGAAGAUAACUUUCCAGGUCGAUUGCUGCAUCAGGCAGCCCUGUGGGACAACUUGGAGUUCCUGCAGGAGCUGCUGGCUAACGGGGCUGACGUAAACGCCCGCGAUGCGAACAAUCGUACGGCGCUUCAUGCAGCCGCGUUGGCGGAGCGGAGCCGUUGUCUGGUAGCGCUGUGCGCCGCGGGCGCUGAGCUGGACGUGCAGAGUGACGUCAGUACUGGCGGAAAGACGGCUCUUCACAUAGCAGCCGAGCGUGGUCACGCGGAGAACGUGCGGGCUCUUCUGUCUGCAGGAGCUCGACCUGAUGUAGUCGACGCAGCUGGCGACACUCCCCUCGGAUUGGCAGAGCGUGGCUGCCAUCGUCACGCUACUCACGCACUGCGAGAGGCAAAAGAUGCCCUGGAGAGAGAGAGGAUGACCCAACAUGCUCAGCUCCGCGAGCUGGUUACGCGCGGCGAUGUGACAGCGUUGAAGGCUAAGCUAGCAGCGUUAGGUUCCGAUGCUGGUGUGGUGACCAAUAUGACGCCUGGUGGGGCCAACACACUGCUAUAUGUUGCUUGCGAAGCUGGUUCGGCGCCUGCCGUGUCGGCCUUGGUGGCGGCGGGAGCUGAUGGGCGGGCGCAUCCGGUGACCAGAUACGGACCGCUGUACAUCGCCUGUUACCACGGCCAUGCGGAUAUCGCACGCCUUCUGCUUGCACACUUCCCGGAGGCAGUACAGCAAGAGACUGUAGAGAAGUGGCUCCCAUUGCACGCGGCCUGCAUCGGCGGCCACGCGGCGUUGGUGACUCUACUGCUGGAGUACCCUUACCCCGAGCAUCUGCUACAGACCUUCACAGAUGUAUCUGGGCAGUGGCGUUACCGGUUCGCGUUUGACGUGAACGCUCGUGACGCGAGUGGGCAGACGGCGUUAUAUGUGGCCUGUACUCUCGGUAAUGCAGCCGUUGUUGAUGCGCUGCUGGCUUUCUCCCUGCCCAAAGAGAGAGUGCCACGGGAUCAGCCAGAAGAAGCAGAAGAGGCCUCUACACCUCUACCAGCAAGUACCAAGCAGGUGCUGAGUCCGCAUCGUGCUGGCAUCUCGCUUGGCAUCCAUGCCAUUGUCAGCAAGCUUACUGGCUCAAGCAAGCCGAGCGUUUCGGAGGGCGAAGCCCGUAUCCGUGUGGUGCGAACGGAUAUGGGGCGGGGCGUGGACAGCUGUGUGGCGGCUGCCGUUCGUGGUGCUCACCUGCGUGUGCUGAAGCGCCUGCUGGCAGCUGGAGCCUCGCCUGAUGCCACGGCACAGCCUCCGCACACCUUGGAGGAGAGUGAGAGUCGUGAGGCUCGUCGCCGCUCCCGCAGCGCGUCUGCGGCCUGCAACCGAUCUUCUGCUUCUCCCUCCCCCUCUCCUGCGCGUGGAGGCUAUAACGAUGACCGUGAGGGUCCGUGGUCGGCGCUGGCGCUGGCGGCGCUGGGCCGCAACGUGCCGGCACUGGAGCUGCUGCUGGCGGCCGGCGCCGCCGACCCCGCCUGCCGCGCGCUCGCGCUUUGCGCCCGGCACGCGCUCGCCGAGCCGCUCGCCGCGCUGCUAGCCACCAAGGCGUACCCGGACCCGGACUACAAGCUGAACAAGUCGUCGAUGAGCGAGUCCGUGCUGAACGCGCGCGACGCGGACUCCUCGCUGUCGUACAGCGCUCGCUGCCCCGCCACGCCCGUCAUGCUCAACUGGAGGGAGCUGCGCUGCCAGCUGUCUGCCAUCAAGAUGAGCUGGCUACGUACUGCGGCACUCCGCGUGAACCCGAAGCUCAGCGCGUCCGGCGGUGGAGCUCUGUUAGCCCUGACGAGGAUCGAACUGGCCAACAACGAGCUGCGGGAACUUCCCAGGGAGCUGUUCUCCCUGAUUAGUUUGCGGUAUUUGAAUGCGGCUCAAAACAAACUGGAGCGCUUGCCAACCACCGCUGACCCACUCGAAGAGGAGUUGGAGAGGAGCAGACGCGGCAAGAGACCGGCGAAAGCUUCAGCAGAAGUUUACACGGCGCCCGUGUUGCAGGAGUUGUAUUUACAGGACAAUCGCCUGGAAGAACUGCCUCCGGAGCUAUUUUCUCUACCUUCCCUCACGAGUUUGGACGUGUCUAAUAACAAGUUGCGCGCGCUACCCCCUCAAAUGUGGAGCGCGGCCUGUCUCCGCGACCUGAACGUAGCUCUCAACCAUCUCCGGGAACUGCCAGCCAGCUGUGGACACGAGAUGCAGCACAGCUACUCUCCCGCAGUUCAGUUCUCUUCACCAUCAGACGUGUCUCCGCAACUUAGCGCUUCGCCUUCGGUCAACAGCGGCCAAUUCGCGUUCGCCGCGCAGUCCAAGUCAUCGUCACGGAGUCCAUCUAUCGACGAAAGCGAGUGCUCGCCCGAUGAUGAUGACGAGAUACUGGUGAUCGGAAACCGAGCUGGAAAUGCAGUGUGGUCGGAAGCUCGGCGUGCGCACGCAUGGCGAGGUGCGCUCGCGGCUUCACCGCCACCGCGACGUGCUUCAGCGGCGACGGAUCGGGCAGCGGCGCUCGCGUCGCUCAAUCUGUCGCACAACCAGUUUACCAACGUGCCGCCGCCGCUCGCCUGCCUCGCGCCCGCCCUAACCCGGCUCAACAUGGCCUACAACUCGCUCAGAUCCAUGUCGUACGUGACGUCAUAUCCGACGAGCUUGCGACAGCUGGACCUCAGUCACAAUGAAAUAACUUGCUGGCCAAGUCUUCCACAAGUUGAAAGCUUCGGCUCAACGGAAGGCGAUCCUCUGGCCUGCUAUUGUCCCAAUUCUUCAAAUAACAAUAACAACAGACCGAGGCCUCGAUCUGGAGGUUCCGUGAGAUCUCAGCUACUGAGCGCAGCAUGUCCAGCCAGAAGACAUUUGAGAUUGGAGGGACUGAGAACCUUGAUUCUAGCAAACAACUUGCUGACUCGCAUCCAAUUGACGACAGACGAUGACGGACUCGUCUCAACAGUCAACGAUCAGUCGCAUGAUGAGGACGAAGAAUGGGGUUCCGGUUCAAACGUUAAGGAGCGACUACUGUUCCCCCUUCUGUCCAUGUUGGACGUGUCUUGUAACUUGUUGAAGGCCGUCCCGCCCGCAAUCCACGAACUGACCAACUUGUCCGUUCUCAAUAUCAGCGGAAACAAGGACAUAACGGAACUACCCCCACAAAUGGGCCUUCUUACCAGGCUCUGGAACCUGAACACGUUAGGAUGUUCUCUAAACGAGCCCCUCCGUUCCAUGGUGAGGGGAUCGCGGUGCCGAAGUGUGGACGUGGUGGGCUACCUCCGCUCUGUAUUGCAGGAAGCCAAGCCGUACGCCAGGAUGAAACUCAUGCUUGUUGGCGUUCAGGGUAUCGGAAAAACGAGUCUGCUGGAGUGUCUGAGACAAGAAUCCGCUAUACAACACCGGAGAAAACCGACAGACCACUGGGCAAAACGCAUGGGCAACAAAUCGUCGCGGCGCGGCAACGUAUCGACUGUGGGCGUGGACAUCGGCACAUGGGUGUAUGAGAAGCAGCGAUCCUCGAAGGGUCCGGUCACCUUCCGCACUUGGGACUUCGGAGGGCAGCAGGAGUAUUACGCAACACACCAGUAUUUCCUGUCGCGUCGCUCGUUGUACCUGGUAGUAUGGCGCACCAUUGACGGGCGAAAGGGAUUGGCAGGAGCUUUGGCUUGGCUCAGGUCGAUACAAGCCCGAGCCCCGGGCUCGCCCGUUAUUAUGGUCGCAACGCACUACGACCAAGUCGUCAAUAGCAACCUGCCUGAAAGCGAGAGUCCGCUAGCGUUGCAGCGCCUCAUCAGAGCAUCGGUGAUGGCAGCUCCUGACGCAGACAAGAUGGGUCUGCCGAAAGUGUUGGACUCUAUCGAGGUCUCAUGCAACACUCGCCACAACAUCAGGCUGCUCGCGGACAUCAUCUACUCCGUCGCGUUCAGUGUGAAGCCUCCAGGAAGCAAGGAGCCACUGCUUCAGCAACGGGUACCGGCCACUUACUUGGCUUUAGAAGAAUGUGUAGCAUCAUUGGCGGCCGAGCUACGCGAACCAGUUCUGAGACACGAAGAGUACCGAAGACUUGUAACCCAAUAUAUGCAGCAGAAGAACCUAAGAACUUUCCGCGACGCUGCCGAGUUACAUCAGGCCACCAUGUUUCUGCACGAAAACGGCGUACUUCUGCACUACGACGACGCCACGCUGAAGGAGUUGUACUUCGUACGUCCGCAGUGGCUGUGCGACGUCCUCGCUCACGUUGUCACCGUACGCGAAGUCAACCCGUUCGCUACCAAUGGUAUAAUGAAGGUGGAGGAUCUGGCGCACGUAUUCAAGGCGUCCCCGCUGCUGGCGGCGAGCGAGGAAGCGCGGUCGCUGGGCGUGUCGCUGCUGAACAAGUUCGAGCUGGCGCUGUGCUGGGACGCGCGCGUGCUGCUGGUGCCGCCGCUGCUGCCGCCGCACGAGCCCGCGCACACACAGCUGGCGUUGAGAUCGCGUCCAUGGCCCGGGACUCCGCGUCACACCCGCAGCUCAACACUGGCGCCGUUGUCUUCAGAUUCACCCACACUUAUACAUGACAGUCCCGCGGCACAAGUGUCGGGACGUCGUGGUGGCGCCACGCUGCGGCGGCUGCUGCUGCUGUCGUACGUGCCGUGCGGCUUCUGGGCGCGGCUCUGCGCGCGCGUGCUCGCGGAUGCUGCGCUCGCCUCCGCAGCACCGCGCCUCUACCGUCCGCCGGCAGAGAUGGAGGUAGACGAAGUAGUCUCCAAAGCGCUGGACCUGAACUGGGGCUGGAAGCUCUGGAAAACGGGAAUGAAGCUAGUGUGCGGGGAACUCACCUUGUUGGCGUUGAGAGAGCUACCGCCGAGGUUCGACCCACUGCUGGGCGCGGUGGGAGAUGAGGAGGAACACGACGAACUUUAUCAUAGUGUCAGAUUCCGUGUGAGGCAAGAGGGUGUAUGGUGUGAACUAGACGUCCAGUCCUCGGCCUGCGUUGAGAUCCUGCUUCCUGGGCAAGUGUGUGUGCUGAGACGGGACGACGGACUUCCUAUGGGAGGGUAUCAGAGCAUCAGUCUGGAACCGAACCCGGAGAUCCUUGCCAAAGUGCUGGCGUUAAUAUCUGACCACGUCGACCUACUGCUGGAGGACUGGUACCCAUCGCUGGGUACCCGCUUCGUGCACACAUCUGAGGGGCGGUGCCUGAUCACUCGUGCGGUUCCCUGCCCAAACUGCGUACGGGAGCCGCACCACGAGCCCCACCCGGAACCGCUGCAGCAAGACCACCACCUAGCACAGAUGCUCAGGCGUUUGGAUCUUGGCAACGCAGAGCCGCGUCCUUUGCGACUGUCCGAGGAGUCGCGUACAUCGGACGGUGACAGCGGCGUGGGCGCUGAAUCUAACGCAUCGUCCCGUAUCGGUUCAGUGGAAGGCGUUGCUAGCGCCAGCCUUCCCGUGGCCACGUGCUGGACCUUGGAAGAGUGCAUCCUGGCGGGUUGUACUUCGAAGCGGCUGCAUUGUGUGCAGCACGGUGAAGUGGAACUUAGAGAUGUGGCGCCCGAUACGCUGCUGCUGGACGUGGAGGAGGAGAAGCGUGCCCGCUGGGAGCACGUGGGGCGCGGUGCAGUGGCGGGGCGUGGCGCGUUCGGCACGGUGCUGGCGGCCAGCUGGCGCCGACCCGGCCGCGCGCCGCUGCCCGUGGCGCUCAAGGCCCUGCAGCCCGUGCCGCCACCGGCACCGCACCAGCUCAGCGCACUGCAAGCUUACAAGGCGGCCUUGUCGCGAUGGGAACGAGAGCCAGCGGCUGCCGCGUGUCGCGCGUACUGCGCGCUGCGGCAGGAGCUGGGCGUGCUGUCGCGCCUGCGACACGCGCACGUGCUGCCGCUGCUCGCCGUGUGCAACGCGCCACUUGCGCUGCUGCUGGCGCUCGCGCCGCAAGGUGCGCUAGAUGCGACUCUACGUACGUACCGCGGCUGCGGCGCUCGCAUCGGACCGCGAGUCGUGCGUGCACUCGCGUUGCAACUUGCACGUGCGCUGGAGUACCUGCACGCACAUCGAGUGGUCUACCGGGACCUCAAGUCAGAGAACGUGCUGGUGUGGGAGAUGCCGCGACCCCACGAGGCAUUAGCGGCCGAACGUGAACCCGGCCCGGUGCCUGUACACGUCAAGCUUGGAGAUUACGGUAUCAGCAGAAUGGCUCCCCCUUCCGGAACGAAGGGCUUCGGGGGGACAGAAGGUUUUAUGGCGCCGGAGAUCAUGCGGUACAACGGCGAGGAAGAGUACAACGAAAAGGUGGACUGUUUCUCGUUCGGCAUGCUUCUGUACGAGGUGAUGACUCUGCGGCAGCCCUUUGAGGGUCACGAGGCGGUGAAAGAAGCCGUACUGGAAGGUGCGAGGCCAGCGUUGACGUCCAGGGACCUUCAGUAUCCGUGCAGCAUGGUAGAGACCAUGCGUCGCUGCUGGAGCGGUGCACCAGAGCUCCGUCCCUCUGCUGCUGCCUUGGUAGCAGUGGCGGCUGCCCCCGAGUUCCUUUCCCUCGCGGACGCCGCGUCUGCAAGAGCUUGCACCUCCGCUAUUGCCGCAGCUAAAGUUCGGCUGCCAUCGGAAGACGGUGGCUUAGGCUGGGAGGUAUGGUUCGGAGGCGCGGAACCUGAACGAGUGCACACCUUGCUGGCCAACUCCACCACCUUCCUCCACCAGCAUUCGCUCAGGGUGUCACCAGACAAGGAGUCAGCAGUGCUGGUGACGGCGAUGUGCCGCGUCGGCAACACCAUGUGGCUGGGUGACUCCGUUGGAAGGGUCUCCGUAUAUUCUGUGUCGACGUGCGAGAUGCUGUGGCGAGCACGAGUGGCAGAGGCGGUCGGUGGCGGCGUGUGCGGCAUACGCGCGCUGCUGCCGCUGCCCGCGCAUCGCCGCGUGGCGCUCGCAGCACACGCCGGCAGAUUAUUCUUGGUGACAUCACACAAACCGGAAGCUGAGGGUAGCUUUGUUCUAACGGAACUGGGUACGGCAACAGAGCUCUGCUGUCUUGCAGCUGUGCCUAUGUCUGAUGGAGUGGAGGUGUGGGCUGGUGGCGACGGACUGAGUGCGUACCUGGUGGGGGGCGAUGGUGUGAGUGCUGCGGACACAUUGACCGCUCCCGGCAAGGUGGCACUGCUGGCUUCCGCGGGCACCGCAGUACUGGCCGCCUGCAGACCAGGCGUGUUCGUGUACCAGUACAGCGUAACCACGAAGCAGUUAUCAGCCAAGCUGGACUGCAGCAAGCUGGUACCGUGCUCUGAAAGCCUGCAGUCUAUCGCCAUCGAUGAGAGGCUCGCUGAGGACCGGUGCAUGAUAACGGCGAUGUGCACACUUCGCGAGGAAGUGUAUGUGGGCACAGCGUGGGGCUGCAUCAUCGUCGCUGACGCUGCUUCGCUCCGACCCCUCACUGUCUUCCGGCCCUAUGAGGAGGAGGUACGCGCCAUGAUACCACUGCCGGCACUAGAACCCAACGGGAACUACAUGCUGGCAACCCUCGGUGGAGGCUACCGUCCGCUGUUACAGAGAUAUGCUCCCGGGCAGUCGAACUACAACGCGACCCACACCGGAGUGUAUUGCCUUCUGUGGAGAGCGGAGAACUGGUUGCCGGACUAG